AUGCGCGGAAGGAAAGGCUCAGCCGGACAAUUUCCCCCAGAGCGGAGAGAGAGCGAAGUAGAGCAGUGGUUGCGGAGUGGCGUUGGUUCCGAGUUGAGAUCCGUGUCUUCCUCGCCCGUCGGCUGGAGCCAGCGAGGGGAGUAUGCGGGGCAGGGAGUGAGACGAGGGCUGGGCGAACCAACCCGUUCCUCUUCGGGGAGGCGUCCAUGGCAGUGUUACUUGAUUCUGCAUAUUUUUAAGUAACACCUAUUCAACUGGUUUGGAAGAUUAAACAUCCACAUAAAUGCAGUAUUUUAAUGUAAAAGAAGACUGUAAAGCUAUGGCUUUCUGUGCGAAAAUGAGAAGUAGCAAACGAAAUGAGGUCUACAUAGAAAAUCAAGAACAAGGACUGGAAUUAGCAUUCUAUUUGCAAGAGAAACCUUCUCUUUUAUAUACAUCUGGAAAGUACACAGCAGAAGAACUUUGCAUUGAAGCUGCCCAGAAAUGCUCUAUAUCUCCAUUGUGCCAUAACCUGUUUGCCCUUUUUGAUGAAAGCAGAAGCCUAUGGUAUGCGCCAAAUCAUAUCUUCCAAAUAGAUGACAAAACUGCACUCCGGGUUCACUAUCGUAUGAGGUUUUAUUUUUCUAAUUGGCAUGGGACAAAUGAAAAUGAGACCCCUGUCUGGAGACAUUCUUCAAAGAAAUCAAAGAAUUCUUAUGAAAAGAAACUAGUGCAAGAAGGAACACCCCUCCUUGAUGCAUUUUCACUAGAAUAUCUUUUUGCACAGGGACAGAAUGAUUUGGUGAGGUGUUUUGCACCUGUUCGGGACUCAAAAAAUGAUCAAGAGACUCAGGAAAUUCAAAACGAAUGCUUGGGCAUGGCUGUUCUUGCUAUCACUCACUAUGCAAUUAAAAAAAACUUGAGGUUGCCAGAGCUUCUCAGAGACAUCAGCUAUAAACGUUAUAUUCCUGAAAGUCUGAACAAGACCAUCAAACAGAAAAACCUUUUAACGAGAAUACGGAUAAACAAUGUUUUCAACGACUUCCUAAAGGAAUUUAACAAAAGGACUAUUUGUGACAGCAGCGUUUCCCCACAUGAUCUGAAAGUGAAGUACUUGUCAACCAUGGAGACGUUGACAAAACAUUAUGGAGCAGAAUUAUUUGAGACCACUUCAUUGUUAAUUUCAUCAGAAAAUGAGAAGAGUUUUAAUAUGGAUGAUUGUAACAUCAUCCCACAUUAUGAGGUGAUAGUAACAGGUAAUCAAGGAAUCCAGUGGCGUGUAAAGCCGUAUGGAAGUAUGUUACAGGUUACUCAGACAGAGAAAGAAAAACAUAAAACAAAGAGAAAAAAAUCAGAUGGCAAAGUUAAGAAAAAUGAAGAAAAAAGUAAGAGGGAAGACUGGAACAAUUUUUCUUACUUUCCUGAAAUCACUCACCUUGUGAUCAAGGAGUCCACAGUUUCUGUCUAUAAACAAGAUAAUAAAAGGAUGGAGCUUAAACUGUCUUCACAUGGAGAAGCGUUGUCAUUUGCUGCUUUGGUCGAUGGCUAUUUCAGACUUACUACAGAUGCCCACCACUAUCUCUGUACAGAUGUUGCACCGCCCCUCAUAGAACACAACAUUAAAAAUGGCUGCCAUGGACCCAUUUGCACAGAUUAUGCUGUUAACAAGUUGAAGCAAGAAGGUAAUGAGGAAGGCAUGUAUGUCCUGAGAUGGAGCUGUACAGACUUCAACAACAUCCUCUUGACUGUGGUAUGUACAGAAGGCUCACAGCAGUUUUUAAAUCCACUCAAACAAUACAAGAACUUCCAGAUUGAAAUGAAGAAAAAUGGCUGUCUCUUACAUGGAUCUGAUAAGUUUUUUUCAUCUUUGAAAGAACUGAUGGACCACUUAAAAGGGCAGAUUCUGAGAACAGAUAAUAUAGAAUUCACGCUCAAGCAAUGCUGUCAGCCAAAGCCAAAAGAAAUCUCCAAUUUGCUGGUGGCUACCAAACUGUCACAAGAAUGUAAGCCGAUCUAUCCUUUAAGUCAGUUGAGCUUCCAUCAGAUCCGUAAAGAAGAAAUAAUACAGGGUGAGCAUCUUGGAAGAGGAACAAAAACACAGAUUUACUCUGGGAUUCUAAAUUAUAAGGACGAUGAAAGUUAUCAGAGUGAAAAGGAAAUUAAAGUUCUUCUUAAAGUCUUGGAUCCCAACCACAGAGACAUUUCUUUAGCAUUUUUUGAGACAGCAAGCAUGAUGAGACAGAUUUCCCACAAACACAUCGUUCUUCUUCAUGGAAUUUGUGUCCGUGAUGUAGAAAACAUUAUGGUCGAGGAGUAUGUUGAAUUUGGACCUCUGGAUCUCUUCAUGCGCCGCAAGAGUGUUUUGCUAACGACACCUUGGAAAUUCAAAGUAGCAAAACAGUUAGCAAGUGCAUUAAGUUAUCUCGAGGACAAAGAUUUGGUACAUGGGAAUGUGUGCACCAAAAAUAUAUUACUGGCCAGAGAAGGAAUUGAUAAUGAAUAUGGACCUUUCAUAAAAUUAAGUGACCCAGGAAUUUCAGUUACGGUGCUAUCUAAACAAGAAUGUGUUGAGCGCAUCCCUUGGCUUGCACCUGAAUGUGUUAAAGACUCCAAAAAUUUGAGCGUGGCAGCAGAUAAAUGGAGUUUUGGUACAACAUUAUGGGAAAUUUGCUACAAUGGAGAAAUACCACUUAAAGACAAGACGUUAGCAGAGAAGGAAAGGUUUUAUGACGGACAUUUCACACUUAGAACGCCAUCUUGCAAGGAGCUGGCUGAUUUGAUGAAGCAGUGCAUGCACUAUGAUCCUAACCAAAGACCCUUCUUUAGAGCCAUUAUGCGAGAUAUCAACAAACUGGAAGAGCAAAAUCCCGAAAUUGUCUCGGAGAAGAAGCCUAAUGAUGAUGUUGACCCUACCGUUUUUGAAAAACGCUUUCUGAAGAGGAUUCGUGACUUAGGCGAGGGCCAUUUUGGCAAAGUUGAACUCUGCAGAUAUGAUCCUGAAGGCGAUAACACCGGAGAACAAGUGGCAGUGAAGUCCCUAAAACCUGACUGUGGUGGGAACCAUAUCGCUGACCUGAAGAAAGAAAUUGAAAUCCUUAGGAAUCUUUACCAUGAAAACAUUGUGAAAUACAAAGGGAUCUGCACAGAAGACGGUGGAAAUGGAAUUAAACUUAUCAUGGAAUUCCUUCCUUCUGGAAGCCUAAAAGAGUAUCUUCCCCGAAACAGGAAUAAGAUCUGCUUGAAACAGCAACUGAAAUAUGCUGUACAAAUCUGUAAGGGAAUGGACUAUUUGGGAUCUCGUCAAUAUGUUCAUCGAGACUUGGCCGCACGAAAUGUUCUUGUUGAAAAUGAGCAGAGAGUAAAGAUUGGGGACUUUGGACUGACCAAAACUAUUGAGACUGAUAAGGAGUACUACAAAGUCAACGAUGAUCGGGAUAGCCCUGUGUUUUGGUAUGCUCCAGAAUGCUUGCUGCAAAGCAAAUUUUAUAUUGCUUCAGAUGUUUGGUCUUUUGGAGUGACCCUCUAUGAACUAUUGACAUAUUGCGACUCUGAGUGCAGUCCAAUGGCAGAAUUCCUAAAGAUGAUUGGGCCAACCCAAGGUCAGAUGACAGUCACACGGCUUGUGCGUAUAUUAGGAGAAGGAAAACGUUUGCCAUGCCCCAAAAGUUGCCCUGAAGAGGUUAAUCAUCUGAUGAGGAGGUGCUGGGUGCAUGACCCAGGGGAGAGGACAACGUUCCACAAUCUGAUUCAAGGAUUUGAAGAAUUUAUGAAGAAGAUGUAAUCCAAGAUUUUUAUAUUAUCACCAUCACAUAUUUGAAAUGUAUACAUGAGGUCUUUUAUUACCCGUUGCAAUUUUGUACUUUGGUAACAUUGUGUUUAAAGGCACUUCCUUUCUCUUAAGUGUUCCUCUUCCAGUAGGAGCCAAGAAGUACACGGAAAUCAUGGUUCGGCACUUCAGUGGUCAGUCUUUUAUUCUCACAAUGGUCAAGGCCCUACUGCUUAGAGAUGUGACUGAUGAUUCUAGUUCACAUUCUGCUAUUUCUAUUGGUCUAAACUGUUUGAGACGUGUGGCCUUAAAACAUAAAUUUUUAGUCAUUUGCCUGUGUACAAUUUGAAUUAAGUUGUAUUCAAACAAAGCAUACCAGAAGUAGUAGUAUCAUGACUCAAUGAGUAAAGAUACAAGAUAUUCCCCAAAAUGUAUAUAUCCCGAAGAACUUAUAAUUAGGUGUUUGUUUGUUUUUUAAAAAAACCAAAACAAAAAUAUGCACACUCUUAACAGGAUUAAAGAUUACAGUUGCAAAGAAGUAUUCUUUAAGUGGGAUUUGUGAUUGUGCUUUAACAAUACAGCAGGGAUGAAAAACUGAACACCUUACAUAAAAUUGUAAUUCAAGAUGGAAUUUGUAACUGAUUAAAUCAUUAUUAUAACAUUUAUUCUUCCAGUAUAAAUAUUUUGCCUUCACAUAAUCACUAUAGUUGUGAAUAGUUGUUAAAGCAGGCUUGGGCAAACUUCGCCCCUCCAGGUGUUAAGAACUGUGGCAGUCCAAAACACUUGGAGGGCAUAAGUUUGCCUAUGCCUGCUUUAAAGUGAUUAUUGUGCAAAAAUAUUAGAUCACUUUUUGAUUGGGAUCCUAAAAGCCAUAUAACUGCUUGGGUAUAACAAAUACAUCCAAAGGGGUUAAAGAGCUACUGUGUGUUAAACAUCAGUGAUUUCAUGUCUGUAAGCAAGUAACUUUUGAACCUGCAUUAUACUUUCAGAAGCACUUUCAAUUAUGGCAUAUAUGACAUGUUCAAAACAAUUUCAAGGGGGAAAAAAUUUCAAAGCCACCACUGAGCAUGCUCAUAUUUUGGAUUGUUGCCUCUGUUUAUACAUAUGUUGCAUUUAUAAACAUUUGCUAGUAUUUUUUAUACUGAUGCUGUUAACUCAGAUAGGUUUAUAUUGUAUUGCCUAACCUUCAUUAGGAAUGCUCAUUUAUUUAAAAGGAGUAAUUCUAUCAUUUAAAGAGUUGCCUGAUACAUUCAUUACUAGACACAGAGUGGAAGUGUUAUGGUUAAUCUUGCGGGGGAGAGGCCAGUCCAAGGAAAUUUGCCUGAAGGAAAGUGCACCUAAUGUUAAUUAGAAAUGAUCUUUCUUGACAGAACAGAAUGCUUAAAUAAUUAUGAUACUCUCCUGUUUGAGUUACUGUUUGUAGUAAAAGUUUAAUAUGUACACCUUGUAGGCAUCCAAAGGUGGUCACAAGACAUGAGAACAAAAAUUGCAUUUGUGAAAAAGGGCACUGAGUAAUAUGUAAAAGGAAAACAUUAAUCUUUGUGCAUUACAACAUGGGGGCUGUUAUCUUUAUCAGAGUAAAGAUUAGAAGAAAGUGAUACACUUGAACUGUCUUUUGAAGCCAUAAACUCUGGACUAGCAAGACAGAUGUGUCUAAGUGCAAAUAGAUUUCAUUGUGGAUUCCAGCAAAUACUGCAAGAGGUUGCAAGAUAUAGAAAAGACCAUCGUGAAAGAAGCCGCGAGCACAUUAUCUUACCAUAAAGAAGUUCCUAUUUUAAAAAAUCUCAAUUGGGACCAUUAAUAAAGGAAUCACUUUACUUUGUUUUGCCCUUCUGUAAAUGUCCUACCUUUUACUGCUGAAAUAGUAAAAUGGACUUUAUUUAUAGCAAUUAUUCUUUGGAUAGUGAUGUUCUUUUCUAAAGUCAAAUACUGCAUUUGAGGAAUUGCAAUAAUGUAAAAUUUAAUCAAGCAUCAAAUUAGAAUUGAAUCAAUCUAGAGCCAUUUUUCCAGUAUUGCCUGUUUCUGAUGUAUAUGCACUUUGUUAUUCUUUAUUAAAAAAAUAAAGCUUUUAAUCCAUGUA